GACUCAGGCAGACAGUGAGGCCGUGAGUGAGGCGGUGUGUGCGCGCUGGGUGUUGUGCGGCGGCGGUGGUGGUGUAGUGGACUUGCCAAAACCUCCUCUCCUCUUAGUCCAGUGAAGCAACAGCUUUGACAUAUGGUAUAACAGUGACUUUCCAAGAACGCUGAUCCGAAGGGAACGAGAACACCUUGUUUCGUCCUCUCAUGAAAGCAACUCGCUGCUCCCCGUUGUAGUAGAAACUCCUUCCAUCUCCCGCCUCUGAUCCAAUCGAGUGUUGAGGAGGCCAACGAUAUCCGAAGAGCGGAAAGGGCCAGAGCACCUGGGAGAGGGUGCCCACCCAUCAUGUCAGCACAUAACUACUACAAGGAACGGCUGGGUUUGGACCCAGCCGAGGCCCGUGCCAAUGGAACUAGAGACGGCCACAACACGGGGGCAGACUUCAAGACCUUCGGCGGGUACGAGGAGUCCCUCAGCAAGUUUAAAGGUAUUGUCUACACUCUCAACAUCUACCAAUUGAUAGACGAGCGAGAUGCCAUCCAAAAGAAGACCUUCACAAAAUGGGUUAACAAACACUUAAAAAAGCACUGGGGAUACGUAGAGCGCUACACCUGCAUAACGGUCUGCAACAACUGCAACGACGGCACCUGCAGCUCUCCUGUAGCAGGAAAGCAAGUGAGAGACCUCUUCGAGGACCUGCGAGAUGGACACAGCCUCAUCUCUUUGCUCGAGGUCUUGUCGGGCGAACACUUGCCCAGGGAGCGAGGCAGACUUCGCUUCCACAUGUUGCAGAAUGUCCAACUCACUCUGGACUUUCUCAGAUAUCGCAAGAUUAAGCUUGUCAACAUCCGAUGUGAAGACAUUGUGGACGGAAACCCCAAGUUGAUACUCGGCCUAAUAUGGACCAUCAUUUUACACUUCCAGAUUUCCGACAUCAUGGUUGGUCAGUCGGAUAACCUCACAGCCAAGGAGGCUCUCCUGAGAUGGGCCCGCCUGACCACCCACAAGUACCCCGGCGUGAUGUCAAGAAUUUCACCACCUCUUGGAGGGACGGCCCUCGCCUUCGUCGCCAUCAUUCACAGGAACAGCGAAGUCAUCCAAAGUCGAAGUACAUCACGAACUGGCACGGGUACUGUCCAAGACAGGGCUUCCAAACCCGAUCCACCCGACUUGGUGGACUGGCGAGGCCUCCGUCAAAGAAACCCAAGAGAACGACUGGAAACUGCUUUCCACAUCAUGGAGGCGAGUACCGGAGUCACACGACUUCUCGACCCUGAAGACGUAGAUACCCCAGAACCAGACGAGAAGUCGUUGAUUACGUACGUUUCGCAGCUUUAUGAAAUUUUCCCAGAGCCACCUUCUAUUCAUCCACUCUUUAAUAUUGAAGCCCAGCGCAAACUCGAAGAAUACCGGGAAAUGGCCACCACUCUGUUGCACUGGAUUCGUGAAUACAUCACCAUCAUGAAAGACAGGAAUUUCCCCUCUAACACCAUCGAACUCAAAAGAAUGGCCCAAGAAAGCACAAGAUUCAGACAGGAAGAAGUUCCACCCAGAUUGAGAGACAAGAACACCUGUCAAAGACUUUACCGUGAUAUUCAGAAACUGCUUGACGGCAGCGGCUUUUUAGAAGACGAACUCGCCCCAGAACUCCAUUACAACAACGUCGAUUCUGAAUGGAACAAACUCAUGUCUCUCUUCCAGGAGAGGGACGACGCCCUCCACGAUUCCCUGUCCGGUGCCGACCGCCUGCAACGCCUGGCUGAGAAGGUUCACCGAGAAAUCAAGCAGACCGAAGUGACUUUGGAGGAGGUCGAAAUCCGCAUUGAAGACGAAGCCAGGAGGGUCGAAAGGCUUCACCCAAUGGAUGCCAAACGAAACUGUGAUGCCCUGGACGGAGAGUUGGCUCAGUGUGAGGAUACCAUCAAGACCCUCCACUCGGAUGUCAAGGUUCUCCGGGAUGGGCACUACCACGAAGCCCCCAUUCUCCACAAGAGGGUUGUGAAAUUAGAGGAGCGUUAUGUAAGCGUGAGGACGCUUUUCGAGAACCGCCUCUUGAUCGUGUUGAACAACAGAUCAUUUACGCAGCAAGAAUCCUACACCACGACCAAGCGAAUCGUCGUCUCCGAAUCUCGACUUGUCGAAACGAACGAACACUUCAGAUUCCUGCAGGAAUGCAUCAACUGGUGCAAAGAUAAGUUGAAAAAGUUGAAUGACAGCGAAUACGGCAAUGACCUUGCAGCUGUGGAGAAGGAGUACGAGAGUCACCAGAAGGAGCACAAGAUCAUCCAUCAGUUCCACACCAAUGUUGACCAGUGUGCUCAAGCCGAGAAUAACUUUAGCGGUGAGGAACAGCAGGUCUACAUCAACCUUCUUUCCCAACUUCGAAAGAUCUAUGCCGAGUUGCUUUCCCUUAGUAAUAAGCGCGUCUCCGACUUACACAGCCUUCUAGACUUCCUUCAAGCAGCCACUCAAGAACUCAUUUGGCUCAACGAGAGAGAGGAGCAGGAACUCAACAGAGACUGGGCCAACAAGUCUCUCAACAUCGUGGACGUUGAGCGCUACUAUGAGAAACUCAUGGGCGAAUUGGAGAAGCGGGAGGUGCAGUUCAGCGCUGUUCAAGAUCGUGGAAACAGCCUGGUGAUCGGUCACCAUCCUGCUAGCAAGACUGUGGAAGCUUAUCUUGCCGCCAUGCAGACUCAGUGGCAGUGGCUGCUCGAACUUACCUUGUGCCUUGAAACUCAUUUGCAGCACGCGUCGCACUACCACACUUUCUUCACGGACAUCGCCAACGCUGAACAGUGGAUUAUGGCGCAAGACGAGAAACUCAACUCGACCUUCUCUGUGACUGACUUCGGUCUCGAUGACGGGGAGCAGCUGUUAAGAGAGAUGCAGGAUGUUCGUGAAGAGCUCACUCAGUUCAGUAAUACUGUCGACGAGUUAAUCAACAGAGCCAAAUCUGUUGUUCCUCUUAAACAACGUCGACAGACAUUAAGACAGCCCACGACUGUAACCGCCAUCUGUAAUUACAAGAAAAUGGAUAUAAGCAUCAGCAAGGGAGAACGUUGCACCAUCCAUGACAACAGCAACAGGGUGAAAUGGAGCAUCGUCACCAGCUCAGGCAACAAAGGCCUGGUUCCUGGCGUCAUCUUCACUAUCCCUCCUCCGAACCAGGAGGCCAUUGAUGCAGCCGAGAAACUCAGAAGGCAGUACGAAAGGUGCAUUGCCCUGUGGCAGAAGAAACAGCUGCGCAUGCGCCAGAACAUGAUUUUUGCCACCAUCAAGGUUGUGAAGAGCUGGGACCUUGCUCAGUUCAUUGCCAUGGGACCAGACCAGAGGAACGCCAUCCGUCGGGCCCUCAACGAAGACGCCGAAAAGCUCAUUCAGGAGGGCGACCCCAACGACCCCCAGCUGAGACGUCUGAAACGCGAGAUCGAGGAAGUCAACCGGCUUUUCGACGAGUUCGAACGCCGUGCAGCCGAGCCUAAACCAGGCACCGUUCUGGUCGAGCAGUGCAACAGCUUGAAGGAGUAUUUGGACAUGAUGGAGAAGACGCUCAUUCAGAGGUGCCUCGCUGCCAUUCCCAGGGACCUGGACCUCCUGGAACAGUUGGUCAUCGAGCACAAACAGUUCGAGAAUGACCUGUCGUCGCACGAACUGGAGGUUGAGAGUAUUCAGAAGAACUACCAGAAUCUGAGCAGGCGGACCCCAGCCAUCCAGCGCACUGUUGAAAGUAUCACUCAGCAGUGGGAUCGCAUAUGGCAACUCUCACAUGUAUAUAUUGAAAGAAUGAAGUGUGUGGAGAUGGUUGUGACGGGAAUAGAGGAGGGAACACAGGUGGUGUCCGAGGUGGAGCUGAAGUUAGCGGAACACCAAGAUCUGCCCGAUGAGCUGGACGAUCUUGAACACGUACACAGAGAACUUCUCGAUAUUCAGCAAAUCGUCCAGGACCAUCAGGUGCUCAUCGACCGCCUUUUGGAAGAGUGCCGCAACGUCCGGACCCUGGUGGUCAAAUCGAGACCGAGCCAGAAAAUCCAUCCUGAUGUUGACAAGCUGGAGGAGGAUGUCAGGAAGCUGAGGAUGAGGUGGGAAAACACCUGCUCCCAGAUCGUCGAGAGGUUGCGAAGUUGCGAAGCUGCAUGCGACCUUCUGGCUAAAUACCGCAAUGGCCAUGACAUUGAAAAGGUCGAAGUCACCGCCAUGGAGAAUGGCCUUCGUAGUCAAAAGAUCGAAGACCUCGGACCCUCCGAGGCUGAGUUAGAGUUGGAGAGACUGAGGAGUAUGUACAUGAAAAUUAUAGAGAAGAAAACAAGCAUAGAACAUGUAAAUACACUUGGCGGCCGAUUCAUAAGGGAAGCCAAGAUCUAUGACUUGCGCCUGUCCCAGUACAAGGCCAGUCUAGAGGAGGUACACCCUAGCCUGGACGCGAGCCUGAGCAAGAGGCCUCGCAUUCAGAGCGGACAGGAAAACGUCGUGGCCCAACUCGACUCACUUAAUACUCAGUACCAGUUCGUGGCAGAUGAGACCUACGACAGGAUCGCUAAGAUCUAUAACAGGUUCCAGCACGAGAAGGACUUCAAUUUCCAAUUGGAAGAUCUGUCACCUGUUAGCCUGGAGAGAACAUUCCGCACAGAGCUUAAUAUUCCAGAUGACAGGCCUCCUGACAUGCUACCAAUUAAGAUAGAGGAAAAUGAUUUUGAAACGAGAGCACGAUCAGAAAUGCAGGUGAUUGUCACCAGUGGAUCCAUACCCCUUCAGAAGCGGCCCUCUGCCACUCAGCUCAUGGAAAUUGAUUCUUUUGAUGGCCAUGAUCAACCUCUAAGGCUGGCUGGGUCAACUCUGAAAGUUAGUACGACAUCAUCGACCAGACAUUUCGUGUCUUCAGUUGCUACAACUGGUGCAUCUGAACCACAGAUGGUGCAUCCAGUUACUGGGGAACAUUUAACAUUGCAUCAGGCUAUGGAAGAUAGGAUUGUGGAUUUGUCUUCAGGUUUGAUGACUCAUCCCACAACAGGGGAGAAAUUCCCUCUCUCAGAGGGUGUUGAGCGGGGCUAUGUCAGCCAAGCCCUCCUUAAUCAUUUGGACACUCCCUGUGGUAUCAAGGACCCAGCCACUGGAAAGGAAAUCACACUACUUGAAGCUACUAAGAGAGGGAUUUUCAAUCCCAAAGAGGGAGUCUUUAUGGACCCUACAACAGGCAAACAGCUUACACCUGAAGAGGCUGCAAAGGUCGGCUUCGUCAUUUUAGAGAAGGUAAGCUUCUUUACACAAGUCUGUGUUCCAGUGGUGGAGUCGUUAUCUCUAUACAAUGCGAUAGUUGAAGGACGUGUUAAUGUAAGGACAGGAGAAUUUACUGAUGCAAGUUCUGGAGAGAAGAUGCCACUGACUCAUGCUUUUGCCAAGGGAUUUAUUUCUGCUGAACCGUCUUUCACGCCAACAAGUGGUGUAACACUCUCCGAGGCUGUUAAUCAAGGUUUUAUAGAUCCAUAUUCUGGUCAGGCAGUUGAUAGGAAUUCUGGAAAUAAGUACACUUUAGAUGAAGCGAUUGAAAAAGGUUUGUUAGCAUCUCAUGUGAGAGAGGUUGUCAAUACUGAUACUGGAUGUAAAAUGACUGUGGCUGAAGCUAUCCAAGCUGGCAUAUUAGAUGUAACUGCUGGGAGAUACGUUAACAGUGUUACAGGAGAAAAGGUGCCAUUUGAUGUGGCAGUGCAAGAGCAACUUAUAUAUCGUCCAUAUACAUUGAAAGAUUGCCAUGAUUUAAAGCUGCUCAAUGCUAAUGGUCAUAUUCAAGACCCACAAAUGAAAGACCAUGUACCAUUAUUAGAAGCUGUUGGAAAGGGAAUAGUUGAUGUUGAACUGAAGUCUGUUAAAGACAAAGCAGCAAAUGCACUUUUGACACUUCCAGAGGCCUUCAUGUUUUCUGUGAUACUUCCUGAGGGUAAAUAUAGAGACACUGAGACAGGUGAAAUUUUAAGUUUGGUUGAUGCAGUUAACAAAGGUUUGAUUACUUCUGUCUCCACAAAGACUAUAUUUGAUAUUGAUGGAAUUAAGGAUGUAGAAAGUGGGGGUUAUAUUAGUUUCAGAAUAGCUUUAUUGAAAGGUAUUAUUGAUUCAGAGAGUGGUUUGUUUAGGGAUCUAAAGACUGGAAAUAUGAUGACAUUAGAUGAUGCUGUUGCCUCAAAGUUAAUUCAACCUCAGAUACUAGAAACACUCAAGAUGAAAAUAGGAAUGUUUGAUGAAAAUGGAGAGGAAAUGAAUGUUGUGGAUGCAGUGCUGAAAGGACGCUUGGAUCCUAACACAGGCCAGAUUCUUGAUCCUAAAACUGGCAAAGCAAUUGCACUUCAAGAUGCAGUCGAUAAAGGCCUCAUAACACGUGAAGGUGCUGCCACUUUGAAGGGGCUCUUGAGUGUCACAGUUACAACUGCAACAAUUAUCAAAACAAUCAAAAGAUGUGUUACUGUAAAGAGUUCAGGUAUUCAUACAACAGAAUCAUCUGUUACAUUACAAGAGGCAAAGAGUAAAGGACUUAUCAAUGAAAAAGAAGGAACAUACCUUGAUAGUACAACCAACAAAGUGAUUCCUUUAGAUGAAGCCAUCAAGGAAGGUCUCUUAGUUUUGUCAGCAGAUUGGCCAGGAGAUUUACCUGACAGCAAUGGUACAUCCUCAAUGCUUGUAGAAACUACAGACUCUGUGACAAGAGAGGCUACUAAAAGACAUAUGUCACCUUCAAAGUCUCCAAGCCCAACUAAAAGUGCCAGAAAAGUAACACCUGAUAAAGAGUCAUGGGUAAAGUCUGGUAGUAGUACACCUGAAAAAACAGAUGCUGAAAAAUCUUUCUCCAAAGUCUCGUCUCCUUCCAGAUCUUCACCAUCCUCCCCACAAAAGAUUUCAAGUAGAGAAAGCUCACCGAAGAAGAGCCUACCCCUCUCACCAGAAAGCAAGAAAAUAGAGGAAUCUAAAGGAAGAAUUUCACCUCUGAAGUCUUUGGACCAAGGGAAAAAGACUUCUCCAAUAAGAGACAGACCUGAUAAACUGUUUGAUGACACAAAUAAAUAUGAAGAUAUAUCCCCCGUAGGGUCACAACCAGCAUCCCCAUCAAAAUCUGUUAGUUCAAGACAGAUGUCCCCUUACACAGAUUCAGGAGAUGGGUCUCUUGUUAAGUCAUUUGGUUCAAGACCAGAUUCUCCAAUGAAGUCAAGUGGUAUAGGCCCUGAAUCUUUAAAGACAGAUGAAUCUGCUCCUACUUCACCAGAGAAAGGUGUGCCUGGAAGUCCAGCAGUUUCACCAGAAAGGCCACCAAGGAGAAUUAAAAGUGCUCUAAAAUCCCCUGAAGAUUCUGUUGAUAGUGCUAUGAGUAAUGUUGAUGAGCUGGAUAUGACUUCAUCUGGGGCUUCAUUACCAGGAGCUAAUGUAAUGCAUGAAAGCUUCUCUGUUAACACACGCACACUUGAAUUACCCCCUGAUGGUUGGUACUUAAAAGAAGCUAUAGAAAAGAAACUCUUUGAUCCAGUAACAGGUUUGUUCACAAUUCCUGGUACAGAUAGACUUGUGAGCUUUGAAGAAUGUGUAAAGAUUGGUAUAAUUGAUCAGAGGUCAGCUGAAGUAGUUGAUCCUAAGAGUGGAAGAAUAAUCACCCUUAUGAGAGCUUUAAGUAAAAGUGUAUUAGAUUGUACUGGAAAGUAUCCAGAUGGUGAAUCUCCAACUGACAGAAGAAUGACAGCAAAAGAGGCAAUCUCAAAGAAAUUUAUUAUUCUUAAGGAUCGAACAGACUUCCAAGAAUCUGUGCCGGGGAGAGUAAUUCAGAUUACCAGUAUUGAAGGGCAACCAGAUAAAGUUCAGGUGUCUUCUGGAGUAGAAACUGAUAGUGCUGGUCAUUUCCAUGAUAUUAAAACAAAUGAGCACAGUGUUGAUAGUUCUUCAAUUGAAAUUAAACCAGGAGUCUUUUUUGAUCCAGCACUUGGCAAUGUUCAGAUGGAUGAUGGCUCUGUUGUAGAUGUUGUCACAGCAGUGAAGGAAGGAAAGAUUCAGCCAACAGGUGUAAAAGUAAAAGAUCCUCAGUCAGGUCGUGAUCUGAAUUUGACUGAAGCCAUGAAGAAGGGUAUUAUAGACAAAGAUUCAGGUGAAUACAAGGACAAGUCAGGCAAGAAAAUAUCAUUGAAAGAUGCUGCCAAAUUUGGUCUUCUUGGAGUUGCUGCUGUGAUUGGUGCCCCAGUCAUUGCUGGAGUGGCUGCAGCUCAAGUUAUUAAGAAAGGUGUCCAGAAGAUAAGGAAAAUUGAUCCAAAAACAGGUUCUGAAAUCAUUAUUGAAGAAAGUGUAGAACUUAUAACAGAUUCUUCUCCAGAGGAGGACCUCAGAGAAUCUGUAGUUGGGAGACUUUCACGCACUACAAUAAAGUCGACUACAGUUGUUGAAACAGAUGUGAUACUACAAGAUCCUGUAAGUGGUAAAGAAUUGACUCCUGAAGAAGCAGUCUCUCAAGGGCUUAUAUCACCUGAAGAAUUAGAGCAGAUUAGAAGCACAGCACAUGGUAGAAUUCAGGAAAUCCAGAAAAUGUCAGAUAAAGGAGACAAGCCAGCAGAAAUUCUAAGUGUUAAAGCUGAAGCCGAAAGAGCCUUUGGUGACAGUAUUCCUACUGAUUCAAGUGAAAGUCUUCAAAUUAAAGAAUUAAUUCCCAAAGAUAAACAUGCUGUUGAUGUUAAACAUGGACAAGAAAGUGGUGAUUUUAUCAAGCCCACAGAUGAAACCGAGGCUUGGGUGGCCACCUCGAGAAAGCAAGAAACUGGUGAUGUAUUGAGUGAUACUCCCUUAAGUGCUAAACCAACUGAUUUGACCAUGAAGAUUCAAGAUAGCUAUGAAGGAGGCAAACCACAGGACAUGUCAGAAUCGCCCAUUAGUGAGAAAAGCAAACCUGUUGAUCAGGCUGAUACACAAAUCUCCCCAGUGAGAGAUGUAGGUAAGCCUGCAAGUACAUUAGCAGAUAAAGAAGUAAAGCCAAGUGAUAAAUCCAAGACAACAGGAAAGGAUAAGGUUCAGGAUGACACUGAGGCAGACAGCCUACAGGAUAUAACUGAAGUAUCUUCUGAGGGAAGUGAUAAAUUACCAUCGCUUUCCAAGGAAAGUGAGAGGUCACUAUCACCGUUAAAGGAAGGAGAAAAAUUGCCUUCACCAUUAAAGGAGAGUGGAAAAUUACCAUCAGCUUUUAAAGAGGGUGAAAGAUCACCAUUGCCAUCAGAUAAAAGUGACAAAUCUCAAUCACCAGUAAGCAAAGAUGAAAAAUUACCAUUAGCCGAAGGUGAUAAGUCUCCAUCACCAUUAAAGGAAAGGAGUGAAUCUACAACACCAAGUAAAGAUGAAAAAUUACCAUCAAAGGAAAAGGAUACAGGUGAUUUUGAGGAGAGCGCAUUAGUAAUUACAAAAUUACAGUCCCCACAUGAGGGUCAGGAUCAGGUUGAAUUAGAAAAAAUCAAAGGUCAAGAUAAAGCAGAGCCAUUGUCAGAGGACGGCGUAGGACCUGCUGUUAAGGAACCCUCAGCUGUUAAAAUCUCAAGUCGAGGUUCAAGUCCUGGUGAAGAUGUAGGUGAAAAGCCAAGAGAAUGGGUUACAACAGAACCGAAGUUUAGUGUUGCAAUUGGGCGUGCAAAAAUUAUCCCUAGUCCUGAUCAUGAAGGUAAACCAGUACAGCUGCAAAAAGUACGAAGAAAGUCCAUGAAGCCAAAACGGGCUGUUGCUAAAGGUGUUGUUGAUGAAAAGACAGCAAAUGUUCUUGAGAACCCAGAUAACUUUAGAGGCCCUGCUGGGGAGAAGUUAACUUUAGAAAAUGCUGUUAGAUUAAAGAAGAUUGAUGGUAAUACUGGUGCAAUUGUUGAUGUUGCACGAGGAGAACCUCUUACUAUAAAUGAAGCUUUAGAGAGAGGAGUUUUGGAUAGUGCCACUGGAAAUAUUCUUAUUCCAGUGGGCAGGAGUGUUACUUUACCAGAACUAGUUUCUCAAGGACUGUUUGAUAAAGCCUCUCAGAAAUUUAUUCAUCCAGAAACUGGUGAUGCCCUUACACUUCAUGAGGCAAUACUCUGUGAUAUUAUUGAUCCAGUAUCUCAAGUUAUUGAACCAUCUACAAAGAGAACAAUUACCUUAGAAGAAGCAAUAGAAAAAGGAAUUAUAAAUCCAGAUACCGGUGAAGUCUUCGAAAAGCAAGGGCCCAUAUCAGUUCUGGAAGCUGUAGAUUCAGAUGAUGUGUUUGUUGCUUCUGCUGUUCCAAGAGUGGAUUGGCUACCUCCUCUUGGAAUGACUUUCCCAGUAGCACUAGAAAGGGGGUUGAUUGACCCACAAAAUAAAGAAAUUAUCCAUCCUCUCACAAGUGAUCGCCAGCCUGUGAAAGUAGCCAUUGACAACAACUUUAUUUUUGCAAUCCCAUGCCCUAUAUUACCAGACAGUGUUCAGGUUACUCAAGCUUUGGACUGCAAAUUGAUUGAUGUCGACUCCUGCACAUUCACUGUUCCUAACACUGGAGAAAAGAUUCCUGUUGAGAGAGCUGUUGAAAGUGGAAUCCUUCAGAUUAAGCCCAUGACAACUCUUGUACCAAGUUCUGAAACUGAAGUUGUAUGUGAGGAGAUUAUUACUGAAACUGUUAGAUCAUAUGAAACUAUAACCACUAGAAAAGUUGAGGUCAGGUCAGGUUUUGUUCUCAUUAGUCCCACUGAAAUCAGGAACACAAACACAGGCGAAGUAGUGUCCCUAGAAGAAGCCAAGAAGCAAGGGAUUGUAAAGGACAUAGACAUAACUGUAACCUCAGAGGAGAAACUCAGUUUCCGUGAAGCAGUUGAAGGAGGGCAUGUUGAUUUUGGAAGUGGGACUUUCAAAGAUCCGAGUACAGGGGAGGUUGUGCCUAUUGACAAAGCCAUUCAGCAUGGCUUAGUUGAACCAGUUGAAGCUGCACCAUCCACAGAGGUAACCAGCAAAAUCAACAUCAUGCAAGCCUUUUCAACAAUUUAUCAUGAAAAAUCUGGAAAAUUCAAAGAUCCUCAAACUGGAGUUCUUUUAACUUUAGAUGAAGCAGUUGAUAAAGGUGUAAUUGAUGGUGAAGCAGUAGUUUAUGACACCAAGAGUGGCUUAGCAUUAUCUACAAAAGAAGCUAUAGAUAAGGGAGUUAUUGAUGUUAAGGGUGGAGAUUUCAUUGAUUCCAAAUCUGGAAGUAAAGUGAAGGUCAAGGAUGCUGUGAAAAUGGGAUUGUUGGCUGUGAUUGGUGCGCCAAUCUUGGCUGGAAUGGCUGUAACAGAAGUCAUUAAGGAAGCUCGUGAUAAGCUGAAGAAAUCCUCAUCUCCUCCCAAGUCCACAACUAUGGUUACAGAUAUUGUAGAAGAGUAUAUUCCUGCAAGAACUGCAGAAGAUAUGUUACGGCGGCCAUCAUUAUCCCCUGAAGAUAAAGUUACUUUGCCUGUGAUUGAAGUGGGUCAGAAAAUGACUUUAAGAAAUGCCAUGGAGGGUGGAUAUAUUGAUGUUGAUUCAUGUGUUGUUGUCGUACCAUCUACAGGAAACCGGAAACUUGUUAGGCAAGCCGUGAUUGAAGAGAUUAUCGAGUUGACCACAAUUAUUGAAAUUAGAAGCAGAACUGAAAUAUGGAUUGUAGAGGAGGUGACAAUUAUAACAGAAGUCAUAAAAUCACUUGAUCCUGCAGUUAUGACAGAAAGAGGUCUUUUUGAUCCAGAAAAUGGUCAGUUUGUUGAUGCAGUCACUGGAGAAAAUAUAGCUUUUGAGAAGGCUAUUGAGUCUGGUGUACUGAACCCUGAGCAGAUAAUUGUAAAGAAUCCAGCAACAGGGGAAGAACUUACUCUAAGUAAAGCAUUGGAAAGAGGGGUUGUCAAUGCAGCAACUGGAGAAAUUACAGAUGCAAGUACAGGCAAAUCUCUUCCUUUCUUUGAGGCUGUGAAAAACAAUGUUGUUAAAGCACAAGAUCAAAAGCAGAUUGAAGAGCCAUCUGUGGUAGCUACCACCCAAGCGAUUGACUUGAAUGAGGCUAUUGCCACAGGUAUUGUUAAACCUGAUACAGGUAUAAUUACUGAUCCAGCCACUGGUAAAAAUGUAGAUAUUUGCCAAGCUAUACAGAGUGGUAAGAUUGAUCCUUCUACUAUACAUGUGUAUGAUCCAAGAAGUGAAGAUAUUGUUACUAUGAAGGAAGCCAUUGAUAUGGGUCUUGUCGAUCUGAAUAAAGGGACUUACACAAAUCCAGAGAAUGGCUGUGAAAUGGAUCUGAAUACUGCCAUAGCUAAGGGAACACUUCUGCCUAAGAGGAGAUCCAUGUCUCUUGUGGCUGUAGUUAAAAAAGGCCUUUAUGACCCUAAAUCUGGUAAAAUAAGUGACCCACUAAUGAAAAUGAAGGUAGACGUUGAUGAGGCUGUUAAAAGAGGUUUAGUGGACUCGUUUAUUACCUUGUGCAAAGAUGUUUUGGCUGACAAGUAUGUUACUCUUGAUGAUGCCUUACUCCAUGAUCUAGUGGUAGCUCAAAAUGGUAAACUUAAGAAUACUUUGAAAAAUACUUUUAUGCCCCUUGAUGAAGCAGUUCACCAGAAAUUAAUUGUGAUAAAGCGACCAUCUGUGCCUCUUAAAGAUGCUGUUCUCAGUGAUAUGUAUGACCCAACAGUUGGUGAGUUUUACGAUGCUUGUGAAGGUGAAGGGUUGUCAUUUAAUGCUUCUGUUGCUUGUAAAUUAAUUAAUGUUAGCAACGCUAGAGUUAAACUUCAAGAUGAAGUUUUAACCAUUUCAGAGGCAGUUGACAAAGCUGUGUUAGAUGGAGAUAAAUCUCUGUUAAUGCAACCUGAGAAAAUGGAUUUGGCUGAGGCUGUAAGAAAAGGCUACAUAGUUACCGUAAUGGGGUCACUUACUUUGCAACAGGUCAUUGAAGAAGGUCUAUUUGAUCCAAAAACUGGUUUAAUCACAUUAGACGGAAAUCGUUUAACAAUAAAAGAGGCAAUAGAACAAGGGGUCAUUGAUCCUUCAUGCUUAUCUGCUAAAGAUCCUCGAACUGGGGAGCCCAUAACAUUAGAUGAAGCCAUUAAACUUGGCAUAAUUGAUGCAGUAGCAGGGACAUUCCGUGACCCUCUAACAGGAGCUGAAAUGGAGUUGACAGAUGCUGUUACCAAAGGUGUUGUUAUAGAAGGAAGAACUGUGUUUACCUUGUAUCAAGCUGUGAGUAAAGGCCUUUAUAAUCCCAGCACUGGACGCAUCACCUGUCCUAUGUCUGAGGAUGAAUUAACAUUAAGCAGGGCCAUACGAAGUGGUGUCAUUGAUCCAAGCACCACAUUAGCUCGAGAUCCUAAUACAGAGAAGCUCAUGAGCUUUAAACAGGCCAUUUGUAAUGAAAUUGUUGAUGUUAGAUCUGGGAUGAUGAAUUUUGGCCGAAUAAAGAAGUUGAAUUUCAAAGAUGCAUUUGAACAGGACUAUUUGAUAGAUGCACAGAUGCCAAUGGCUUUAAGAGUAGUUAUAAUCAAAGAAUUGUAUGAUGAAGAAAGUGGUAAUUUCUUGCAUCCAGCUUCUGGUGAAUGGAUCUCUAUCUCAAAAGCAUUGUCAGUUCAGAUGAUUGACCCUGAUUCAGCACAUGUUAAAGACACACUCUCAGGUCGUCUCAAGAAAGUCAAUCUACGUGAAGCUGUAGACUCUGACAUUAUUAAUGGAAAUACUUCUCUUGUUAAAAAUCAUCAGUCUGGUACAGAACAUACCUUAUUAGAAGCAUAUGAAUUGAGUCUCAUAGUUGACAGUCGGAUAGCUAUGUCCCUUCAGCGUGCUCUUCAUCAGGGUCUUCUGGAUGAGGAAGAAGGGCUCUUUACAGAUGUAAACACUGGAAAGAAAAUUACAUUACAUGAAGCCAUGAGACGAUUAGUUAUAAAUCCUAGCCUUCCCUGUUACUGGGAUAAGGAUUCCUCCUCUUGCCUUUCAUUAGUACAGACAUGCAGAGAAGGUAUUAUUGAUCGACGGCAUGGAAAGUUUUAUGAUCCUAAGUCAGGAUGUGCUCUUACUUUGAUGGAAGCUUUAGAUCAAGGUAUGAUAUUAGACAUCGACAAACCACGGUCACUCUAUCAUGCUGUUGUCAUGGGCUUUUAUGAUAAUAAGUCAGGCCGCAUGAUCCAACCCAACACUGGUCGUAAAUUAACUUUGGCUGAUGCUUGCAAACAGAACAUUGUCAAUCCAGAUAUAUCUUUAAUCAGGGAUGCUAACAAACCUCGUUUCAUGAAAUUAAGUGUUGCUGUAAAUGAAGGUUUUAUUGAUGAAAUAAAAGGAAAAUACAUAAUACCAGAAUCACAGGAGCAGCUGACUCUUCAGGAAGCAGUUGAUCAGAAGCUCAUUUUAACAUCUAAGCGUCCCCUUACAGUUGAAGAAGCUUUAGGGUAUUUACUUUAUUGUCCAGAGGCUGGUACUUUCAUCGAACCAAGUGUUGGUGAUCAUCUUAAUAUUGAAGCAGCAAUUGCUCAUGGUCUUAUAGAUGGUAACACCUCAGCAUUGAAGAACCCCACAGAUAAUUCCCUCAAGAGCAUAAGGUCAGCAGUUGAAGACAAAGACAUUGAUGUUUCAAAAGGACUUGUGAAGGAUCCACAAACAAACAAAUCAUACACACUGAAUAUAGCUUUUGAACGGGGAUUGAUUGUAACAGUGGGGAAACCUACUACUUUUACAAAAGCCGUCCGAGAAGGUUUAAUUGACUUAGAAAAGGGAACAUACACAGAUCCGGUGAAUGGUAAAGUGUACACUCUAGAAGAAGCCUUAAGGUAUGAGCUCAUUGAUCCAGACUCAGCUGUAAUAAAAGAUCCUUGUACGGGAAGGUAUAAAACACUGAAAAGGGGUAUACAAGAGGGUUUGGUAGACCUCAAAAAGCGAGCUCUCUAUGAUCCCCAGACUGGCACAUUGAAAACGUUGUGCAUUAUAUUUGAUCAGGGAACAAUAGUAUUUUUCAGAGAUCCUCUUUCACUUGAUGAAGCAAUUGAUAAAGGUCAUUUGAAUGUUGAGUCUGGGAUGUUUACAGAUCCAAACUCCAAAGAAGUGUUGAACUUAAGGGAAACGUGUCGUCUUGGUCUCAUUGAUCCACAAACUGGGUUGGUGAAGCACACAAAGGAGCGCCGUCUUCUCAAGUUACUGGAAGCUUGUGAAUUAGGUGCUAUAGACGCAGAGAAGGGCAUGGUAUUUAAUACUGCUACCAGUCAUUUGCUGACCUUUGAUGCUGCGCUGCAAGCUGGCUUAAUUAUUACUCCAUGUCGGGGAGUAGCUUUACUUGAGGCUCUAGAUUACAGCCUCUAUGAUAAUGCUAGUGGAAAAUUAAUGAACCCGCUUCAAAAUGAUUAUGUAACAUUGCAAGAAGCAGUAGCUUGCGGGUUUAUUGACAAUACUACUACCAUGGUGAAAUGUCCAGCAAGUGGUAAUAUCCAGACUAUGACCGAGGCAGCUAAAUCUGGUGUGCUGGAUGAUCAGGGUGGCUCUGUAGUGGAUUCAACUGCGGGCACACGCUACCCACUUCCUGAAGCCCGCCGCCAAGGGUAUCUUCUCGCCGCACAAGCGCGGCAAGCUAUGAUUGAAAAAUAUAAGCAGUGUGAUGCAACUAUCGUAGAAAUGAUGGACAAAGUAAGUGAAAUAGAAAGAAGAUUAGCAGAGCAAGAACCAGUCAGUGAGAGUGCUAAUGGCUUGCGCAACCAGAUAAACACUGUUAAGGCAAUUAAGGAUGAGUUGGAUGAAAUGUUCCGCCCACUUGGAACUUGCUUGGAUGGUGUCAGGCAGGUAGUUAACCAGGGUGGUGAAGUCUUGUCCCGUGAAGAACUUGACUCUUUAGAUCAGGCAGCUACACUUUUGAAGCAGCGGUAUGACCGUUGUGUGGACCAAGCUGAUACUACACACAGACGGUUGACUACGGCUAUGGAGGAGUUUUCGAAAUACGAAAAGGAGAUUGCAUUAUUCCGAACCUGGUUAAAACAAGCUACCAAAACUCUGCUAGAAAAAGAGCGACUCUGCUCAGAUCUCAAUAAAAUCAAGAACCAUGAACAAGGGUGUAGAGACUUUUUGGGAGAUGUCAUUGCUCAUCAGGCUGACCUGCGCUUUAUCACUAUGGCAACCCAGAAGUUCUUGGAAGAGUCUAGCAUAUACCUGCGGACAGUCAAUAACUUCCGAACGUCUAUCAAGGAUCGAUACCCCAUUUUGCAAGCUGAUCCAGAUUCAGUUGUUCGGGAUGCUGCUGAUGAUGUCUCGGCUGAAUUUAAAGACCUCCUAGCCCGUGCAAAUAAGCUUGUUGAUAAGGUAACUAGUGUUGGAAACAAGCAGCGAGAUUAUAGUGAAGCUAUAGAAAAGGCAUCUCGUUGGCUUAAGGACACUGAAGUUAAGAUUAGUCGGAUUUUACAAGAGCCUGUUGGUGCUGAUCCUAAAGGAGUUCAAGAUCAGCUUGACAAAGCAAAAGCCAUCAAUAAUGAUGUUGUUGCCCAAUCUAGGCUCUUCGACAAUUGUCGUGGAACAGCAGCUGCUCUUCUACGUGCACUAGAAGGAGAGCUUGAUGAUGCUGAACGGGAGGCUAUUGAAAUUCCACCUGAGGAGUUGUAUGAACGCUACAAUGAAUUGGCUGAUCGUCUGGGUCUUCGUUGUCAAGAACUUGAUACAGCACUUGUACAGUGCCAAGGAGUCCAGGAAGGUUUAGACUCUCUCAUGUCAUGGCUGAACAACAUUGAUCUUCAGUUAAAGAACGCGAGCAAGCCAGCCUCGCUCAACCGCGAUCGCCUAGACGAGCAAAUCCGAGAGCAUCGACAACUUCAUGCAGACAUCAUGUCUCACCAGGCGUCGGUGGUGCAGAUCAAUGAUUCUGCGGAGGCGCUCAUCACAACAGCCUCCAAUGUCAGGGUCGCCAAGAAGAUCGAGACGAAGCUGCGAGAACUCAAUACAAAGUAUGAGAAAGUUGUUGAAAAAUCCGAGUCCAGAGGCCAACACCUUGAGAUUGUAUCAACUCAGCUCGAGGCCUUCACUGUCUCUGUUGAACAUUUCGAGGAAUGGUAUAUUGAAAUCGUGGAGAUUGUUGAGUCCCGAGAAGUCUUGUCUCUGGAUGUGGAAAGUUAUGCUAGGAAGAUAGAUGAAAUUGCUCGCCAGCGUGAUGCUCGUUCAGAGGACUUUGAUGGCAUGAUCAAGACAGGCAAAGAUCUAGUAGCAAAGAAGGAUGUCACUGACACAGCUCCAGUGAAGGACAAAAUUAAGAAUUUGGAGGGCCAGUGGAAGGAACUGAAUGAUACUUUGGAUGAACGUGCAAGAAAUGGCAAAGAGCGCUCAGAACAACUUCUUGCUUAUGAACAAAUGCGUGACAGAUGCAUGCAGUGGCUCACUACAACUGAAAAUACCCUUGAUAAUUCCCAGCCAGUGGGAUUAGACCAGGAAAUUUUGAAGAAGCAAUCAGAGGACUUGAAGCCCUUACUCAAAGAGUACCGUGAGUAUGGCAUCACCAUUGACAAACUUAAUGAACUUGGUAAUGCAUAUGAUGCCUUGCUUCGAGGUGAAAGACCAGAAAGCCCAACCAGAAGAAGAUCAUCUGUGACACCUGUGAAACGCCCAUCCAUUUCAUCGCCUCUGAAAUCUCCUGUGAGGCGAGUGUCACAAGAUGCACGCAGCCCCUCACCAACGCAAAAGCUGAUGGGUUACAACGGUUCUGGUCCCAUGUCUCCCAUACCUGGCGGUUAUGCUAGCAGACGUACUUCACAGGAAGGAUUCCAUUUUGAUGAUAUGAGUCCCAUCCAGAAAGAGCUAAUGCAGAUCAACAACCGAUACGAAAUGAUUGGCAUGAGGUUGAAUGACCGCCAGAAUGAACUGGAGAUCAUGAAAGAGGAGUUGAAGAAACUGGCUGAAAGCUUAAGAUCUGUUAAUCUUACUUUGGAUAAAGCUGAACGUGCCAUGCCUCGAGAAGCUGUACCCACAACAAAAGAAGAAGCAGACAAGUACAAUAGACAGUGUAAGAGUAUUUUGGAGGACCUUCUGGAAAAGCAGCCUUCUCUAGAUAGUGUGAAGAAUAAUGCAGCUGACCUUAUCAGGAAAAAACCAAAUGCCCCUGGAUCACAUGUUUUGCAAGAUCAAGUUGAAAAUACAAGUGAUAGGUAUAAGGAGCUUCAGGGUAGGCUGAAAGAUCGUCUAAAUUUCUUGGAACAGACUAAAGAGUUCCUAGAUUGUUAUGAUUCUCUUAAUAACUGGCUUACUUCCAAAGAUAAGAUGAUGAGUGUUCUUGGACCUAUUGCCUCAGAUCCUCGUAUGGUCCAAAUGCAAGCACAGCAGGUACAGGUCUUGAGAGAUGAAUUCCAAGCACAAGAAUCGAAACUUAAUGAUCUUAAUGAUUCAGGUGACAAAAUUGUUGGAGUUUGUGAACCAAAUUCAUUAGCAGCAAAGAAGAUAAACGAUAAAUUAGAUGCCAUUAAUAACAAAUGGACUGAGUUGAUUGGUCAGUUGGAUGCAAGAGACUCUGCUCUUAAUGCUGCUUCAAAUGCUAGUACUGAUUUCUAUGACAACUAUAACCAGCUCCAUGAUGCUUUGCUAAAACUUGGGGAAGACUUUGAUGAAGUAUCUGCAAGUGGUGCUGACUCAGCAAAACAAAUUGAAGCUGUUCAGAUCCUAGAAAAUGGCCUAGAAAGAGUUAGGGGACCUCUAAUAGAUCUUGAAGGCCUUGGAGAACAUCUCAUAUCCAUUCUGUCUGACCCAUCCUCUAAAUCUGACAUUAAGUCCAAAGUGUCUCAGCUAAAUAAGAUGUUCAAUAAUCUGGAAAAGAAACUUGGUAACAGGAAAUCUGAACUUGAAGCAUCCUUGAGAGAUGAAGAAUUGUUUGGACAAUCAUGUCAUGAUAUCCAGGAUUGGCUUGCAAAUCAAGUAGCACAGCUCAAGGAUCAGUUGUUAGUCUCAGCAGACAGGGAUAUUUUAAGUCACCAAGUAAGUGAUUUUGAACCUAUCUAUAAAGAUUUGAUGUCAAAAGAACAUGAAGUUAUUAUGAUGAUCAAUAAAGGGAAGGAAAUUGUUGCAAAAUCAUCCCGGAAAGAUCUCAACAAGCAGUUAUCAUCAACUUUGGAUGCAGUUAAAAAGGAAUGGGAUAAUGUUCGCAAAACGGCUGUAGAUCGACGCUCCAGGUUACAGAAGUGCUUAGAUACUUGUAAUAAAUUCCAUAAUCAUCAAGAUAAAUUUAAUCCAUGGUUGGAUAAAGCAGAACAGAAAAUACAGAAUUUAGAACCAAUUGCUUUCAACAAGAGAGCAAUUGACAAGCAGAUUAAGGACAUUCAGUCAUUCAAAAAUGAUGUGUCUCGUCAUAGUGGAGAAUAUGAGAACAAUAAAACUGCUGGAGAAAAACUUAUUGAUUGCACAGAUACUGAUCACGAUGAUGUUGAGGCAGCACUUGGUAUCAUGAAGGAGCGUUGGGACCAUCUAAACGCUGCAGUUUUAGCUCGUGCCCAAGACCUUGAGGACGUUGCUGCCAAAUUGGCUGAUUUCAAUGACAGAAGUCGUGACCUUGACCACUCACUGCAGCGUUGUGGAGAUAGGCUUGCUUCUCUGGAUGCACUUGGAGGUGCAGGUAAAGAUGCCAAAGGUUUAGAGAGGAUGAAGGCAUUACUUGAGGAAACAAAUGCUCUUGGAAAGCAGGUUGAUGAUGUGAAAAAUAAGGGUGAAGAUUUAUGCAAUGCUGGAGAUGCUUUAGGAUCAGAUGUUAACCAUAUUCAUGAUGAGGUAGAGAGACUGGUGGAUUGUUUCGCAGGGCUGAGGGGAAAAUUGGAAGAACGUUGUAAUGAUCUUGAAGAAGCUUCUCAAGCUGUCAACCAGUUUGGAGCUUUGGUAAAGAAUGUAGGGCAAGAACUGUCUGGUUUAGAUGAUGAACUAGAUCGAAUGGGUCCUGUAGGGCGAGAUGUAAAAACAGUCUCUGGUCAGAUUGAGCAGCUACAUACCUUUAUGGGUAAAGUUGAUAAUAAAGCUCAAGAUAUUGAUGAUGCUAAAGCUAAUCUAGAGGACUUGGUUGCUCAAGGAUUUACAGGGAGUAAUAAUCGUACUGCUGAAGAUCAAAUUAAGCAGCUAGAUCGUCAGUUAAAGAAGAUCAAUGACAGAUGUAGUUCACGUGACAAAGAACUUGACUCGGUCAUGAAAAAAUUAGAGAAUUUCUAUGAGAAGUACAACACACUUAUGGAUGACAUCACUGAAGUUGACAAAGAAGGUGAAUCCUUUAAACCAGUAGGUGCUGAUGUAGAAAUGAUUAUAGCUCAGCAAGAAGAAUUCAAAAAGUUCAAAGGAAAGAGAAUUGAUGAUCUUGGAAAGAAAGUUAAUGAAUGUAAUAAACUUGGGCAAGGUCUUAUACAAAGUGCAGCAUCUGGUGUGAAGACUCGAGAUUUGGAAGAUGACUUAGAUGCCAUGAAUGAUUUAUGGAAUAAGCUCAAACAGAUGAUCGGUGAUAGAGAAAAAGCCUUGGAUAAAGGACUAAUGCAAUCUGGUAAAUUCCAAGAUGCACUGGACAGUAUGUUGCAGUGGCUUGCUAACUUUGAAGAGAUGAUGGAGAAUCAAGCACCCAUCUCUGGUGAAUAUUCAGUGGUAAAAGCCCAAGCCCAAGAACAGAAAUUCCUAAGAAAAAUGCUUCUUGACCGUCAGAAUGAAAUGCAAGCUUUGUUGUCCAUGGGUCGUAGCCUAGCUGCUGAUCUGGAUCCCUCAGAAAAAGCUGCUGUUGAAGGACAACUUGAUGAUUUGUUGAAUCGUUUUGAUGAUGCCAAUGCAAGAUCCCAGGAAAGAAUGGAAGCUUUGGAGGAAACAUUGAAAGUAGCCAAAGAAUUCCAGAAUAAGUUGAAUCCUAUCAUCGAAUGGCUGGAUCGCACUGAAAAGAAACUAAAAGAAAUGAGUACAGUUCCAUCAGAUGAGGAGAAAAUACAGCGACUGCUUGAUGAACACGAUAAUCUCCAUGAUGAAAUUCUUGGCCAGAAACCAGCAUUUGAUGACUUGACAGAUGUUGCUACUGCCCUCAUGAAUCUGAUUGGUGAUGAUGAAGCAAAUGCUUUGGCAGAUAGGCUGCAGUCAACCACAGACCGUUACGGUCAAUUGGUGGAGGAUUCAGAGGCUCUUGGUCGUCUUCUUCAGGAAUCCAAGGUUGGUUUACGCCAUCUUGUACUUACUUAUGAAGAUCUUUUGUCGUGGAUGGAUGAAAUGGAAGCAAGGUUAUCAAAGUAUCGUAUUCUGUCUGUGUUUGUAGAAAAACUCUUGGAACAGAUGGAUGAAUUAACUGACCUGGGUGAAGAGGUGGUUUCCCAUGAGAAGCAGGUUGCUGAAGUAAUGGAAGCUGGCUCCCAGCUUAUGAAGCACAUAUCAAGUGAUGAAGCUUUGCAGCUGAAAGACAAACUUGACUCCAUCCAACGACGAUACAACGAUCUCAGUGCUAAGGCUACUGACCUUCACAAAUCAGCCAAUGAAGCAUUACCACUCGUACAACAGUUCCACAGUGCCCAUGAACGACUUGGCUCUUGGAUGUUAUCAGUUGAGGGUCAGCUUCAAAGCAUGGACUCCUCUGGUCAAGGACUUAUGGAAGAGGAAAUUGAAAGACUUGCUCAGGAAAUCCAAGAAAAUCGUCCUUUGGUAGAGGCAGUUAAUCUUGUUGGACCUCAGUUAUGUCAAAUUUCACCAGGAGAAGGUGCUUCAAAUAUAGAAACCCUUGUUACACGAGACAAUAGAAGAUUUGAGCAGAUCUGUGAACAAAUUCAGAGAAGAAUGGAGAGAAUUCAUAUGUCAAAACAAAGAUCACAAGAAGUUACUCAUGACAUUGAUGAAUUGUUGGACUGGUUCCGUGAAGUAGAAGGGCAAGUACGUGAAGCAGAACCUCCUAGCAUUGAUCCAGAUGAAAUCCGCAUACAGUUGAAAGAACACAAGGCUCUUAACGAUGAUGUUGCCAGCCAGAAGGGUAGAGUACGUGAUGUUUUGUCCAAUGCCAAGAAAGUGUUGAGAGAAGCUCCACAACAUGAAGACACAAGUGAACUCCGAGAAAAAAUGGAGGACUUGAAAGAAACUAUGGAAUCUGUAUCAAAACUGUCAUCAGACAGAUUGUCCACUUUGGAACAAUCAUUGCCACUUGCUGAGCACUUCCUUGAGACACACCAUGAAUUAGAGGACUGGCUUAAUGUUAUGGAGAAUGAAGCAAUGGUGAUGGACACUCCUGCCCUCCGUGCUGACAAGAUCAUUCAGCAGAUGGAAAAAACAAAGGCUUUCCUUCAGUCCAUUGGUGAUCACAAACCUUUACUUGAUAAACUUAAUAAAACCGGAGGGGCCCUCUUGAAACUUGUUAACAAUGAAGAUGGUAUGAAGAUACAAGACAUACUGGAAAGUGAUAAUGAUAGAUACAAUGCUCUCAAGAAUGCUUUACGUGAACGUAGUCAAGCUUUGGAAGAUGCUCUGCAGGAAACCAGCCAGUUUGCUGAUAAAUUAGAUGGAAUGUUGUCUGCUCUAUCAGAAACUGCAGACCAGGUUAAGAAUGCAGAACCCAUUUCAGCUCAUCCUGAGAAGAUUCAUGAACAAGUACAAGAGAACAACAAUAUUAUAGAUGACCUUGACAGGAAAGAAUCAGCAUUUGUUGCUGUCAAGGCAGCUGCUGAAGAUGUUAUUAAUAAAGCAUCACGCAAUGAUCCUGCUGUGAAAGACAUAAAAGCAAAAUUAGAUCGCUUGAACAAGUUGUGGGACAUGGUACAGAUGGCAACCACUCAACGAGGACAAUCUUUGGAAGAUGCUCUUGCCAUGGCUGAGAAGUUCUGGGAGGAGCUUCAAGGUGUUAUGGCUGCUUUGAAGGAUCUGCAGGAUACACUGAAGGCUCAAGAACCUGUAGCUGUGGAACCACAAGCAAUUAAGCAACAGCGAGAUGAACUCUCUCAAAUCAAGAACAAGAUUGAUCAGACAAAGCCUGAAGUGGAACAAGUUCGCCAGACUGGAAGAGAUUUGAUGUCACUUUGUGGAGAGGCUGACAAACCAGAAGUCAAGAAGAAUAUUGAAGAUUUAGACUAUGCCUGGGACAAUGUAACAGCAUUGUAUGCAAAACGAGAGGAGAACCUGAUUGAUGCUAUGGAAAAAGCUAUGGAAUUCCAUGACACCUUAAGGAAUAUGUUGGAGUUCUUGGAAAAAUCUGAGGACAAAUUUGCAGGCAUGGGACCCAUUGCUGGAGAUAUUGAAGCCAUCAAAGGUCAGAUUAACCAGCUGCAGAAAUUCAAGGAUGAAGUUGAUCCACAUAUGGUGAAGGUGGAAGCUCUUAACAGGAGUCUACGGAGGCAAGCUCAAGAGCUGAAGGAGCGUACUACUCCAGAUCAAGCUGCUGCUAUAAUGGGACCUUUGGGUGAAGUGAAUCGUCGUUGGGAUGAAUUGCUCAAAGGAAUUGUUGAAAGGCAACGGGAUCUGGAAUAUGCACUAUUAAAACUAGGGCAGUUCCAGCAUGCUCUUAAAGAACUUCUUGUUUGGAUUGAAAGAACUACAAAGAAUCUAGAUGACCUUAAACCAGUUUUUGGUGAUCCUCAGGUGAUAGAAGUAGAAUUGGCCAAGUUGAAAGUCACCAUUAAUGACAUUCAAGCUCAUCAGUCUAGUGUUGAUACACUUAAUGAUGCAGGCCGGCAAUUAAUUGAGGCUGAUAAAGGCUCAGAGGAUGCAUCUAAUACCCAAAAGAAAUUGCAAGAACUGAAUAAAAAGUGGGGAGAGCUACAAGACAAGGCUAGUGAAAAGCAAAAUGAUCUUGAAACUGCUCUUAGGGAAGCUCAAAUAUUUAGUGCUGAAAUUCAAGACUUAUUACUAUGGCUUGGAGAUAUUGAUGCUGCUUUAUCUACUUCAAAACCUGUUGGAGGUUUGCCAGAAACAGCCAAGGAGCAACUCUUGCGAUUCAUGGAGAUAUAUGAUGAUUUGGAAGAAAAUCGUUCAAAGGUAGAAAGUACACUUCAGCAAGGUCAGGAAUAUUUGAGGCGUUCACGUGAAGGAGCUGCCACUAAUUUGAAUCACAGUCUUCGCACUUUGAAGCAGCGUUGGGAAAGUGUCAUGAACCGUGCCAAUGACAAAAAGAUCAAACUAGAGAUUGCUCUCAAGGAAGCAACUGAAUUUCAUGAUGCAUUGCAAGUGUUUGUUGAUUGGCUUACUGAAGCUGAAAACUUCUUGAAUGGACAACAGCCAGUUUCACGUGUUUUAGAUAUAAUCUUACAGCAGAUUGAAGAGCAUAAUAACUUUAAAAAAGAUGUUACUGCUCAUCGUGAAGUCAUGCUUAAUCUUGACAAGAAGGGAACCCAUUUGAAAUAUUUCAGUCAAAAGCAAGAUGUCAUUCUGAUUAAAAACCUUUUAGUUUCUGUGCAGCAUCGAUGGGAGAAGGUUGUUUCAAAAGCUGCUGAUAGAACACGUGCUCUGGAUCUUGGAUUUAAGGAAGCCAAAGAUUUCCAUGAUAACUGGAAUGCUCUUAUUACCUGGUUAGAUGAUGCUGAAGCCACUCUGGAUGAAUUAGCUUCUAAUGUUGGUAAUGAUCCUGACAAGAUUAGGGCUCAAAUUGCUAAGCACAAGGAGUUCCAGAAGGCCUUAGGUGCUAAGCAGCCCUCUUAUGAUACUACAAUGAAGCAGGGUCGGACAUUGCAGAACAAAGCUCCUAAAACAGAUGAUGAGACCUUGAAGCAGAUGAUGACUGACCUCAAGAAUAAGUGGAAUAGUGUAUGUCAAAAGAGUGUUGAUCGGCAGAGAAAGCUAGAGGAAGCAUUAUUGUUUACUGGUCAGUUCAAAGAUGCUAUCCAGGCACUCUUGGACUGGUUAAAGAAAGUGGAAGUUGGAUUAGUUGAAGAUGGGCCUGUGCAUGGUGACCUGGACACUGUUAUGGCUCUUGUUGAACAGCAUAAAGCAUUCUGUGCUGAAAUGAAGAACCGUGCUGCUCAAGUUGAAAGUGUACGACAUACUGCAGAUGAACUUUUAAUGAAAGCUACUGCUGCAGAUGCUGAAACUAUCAAAUCUCAAAUUACUGAGUUGGUUAGUUCUUGGGAAAAGGUUGAAAAGGCCACUGAAAUUCGCACAGAGCGUCUAGAAGAAGCCCUUCAAGCUGCUGAAAGAUUACAUAAGGUUGUACAUAGACUUCUUGAUUGGUUGUCGGAUGCAGAGAUGAAGCUUAGAUAUGGGGGACCAUUACCUGAUGGGGAAGAAGAGACCAGACAACAGAUUGCUGAUCUUGAAGCAUUUAUAGCAGAACUUAACCAGAAGGAAAAAGAAAAAGAUGAUACUAUUGCUAUGGCAGAAGACAUCCUGGCCAAGGCUCAUCCAGAUGGUGUAGCAACAAUAAGGCACUGGAUAACAAUCAUUCAAUCUCGAUGGGAAGAAAUUGUGGCUUGGACCAAGCAAAGAGAAACUAGAUUGGCAGAUCAUCUUAGAAGUUUGCGAGAUCUUGCUGGACUUCUUGAUGAACUUAUGCGAUGGCUCAUUCAGGCUGAGAAUAAUUUGACCACCUUAGAAGCAGAACCUCUUCCUGAUGACAUUCCAGCUAUUGAGGGACUUAUCACUGACCAUAAAGAGUUUAUGGAUGAAAUGCAAAAGAAGGAACCUGAUGUGCUGAGUAUAUGUAAGCCAACUAAGCCUCGGCCAUCAUUAACACCACAAGGCAAGAAACGAUCAAGAACAUCUCUUGGUCGUGAGAGUGUGAGCCCUGGGAGGGAAUCAUCACCGGAAUAUGAUUACCCAUCACGACGUUCGAGCCGCAUCAGUCCUGAUCGGGAAUCUUCUCCGGGACCUAAAUCUCGAAAGUCCAGCCGCACAUCACCAGCACGUGAGAUUACACCUACUCGUGAAUAUCCACGUCCAUGGAUGUUUGGAGCCAGAACGACACCACCUCGUGAGACAUCCCCUGGAGCUGAUCAUGAAAGAGAAUGGCCUUUAUCUCAUUUACGCUUUGCUACAUCUACGCCAGCACCUACAGCUGCUGCUGCUGGCACCAAUGGUGGUAGCCCUGCUGAUGGAGGGAGAAGGAGAAGCAGCAAAGCUAGUGUACGAGAUGAGCCGCAAAUCAAAAACCCACAAGCCCGUGCUUUGUGGGAAAAGUGGCAGCAUGUUGGCUUCAUGGCAUGGGAACGUAUGCGCCGUUUGUAUGACAAGCUGAACUAUCUGCAGGAGCUUGAGAAGCUUAAAAACUUCUCAUGGGAAGAAUGGCGCAAGAGGUUUAUGAAGUUCAUGAACCACAAGAAGUCUCGUGUGACAGAUCUGUUCCGAAAGAUGGACUCUGACAAUGAUGGAGCUGUACCUCGCGAUGAUUUCAUUGAUGGCAUCCUCAAAACAAAAUUCCCAACAAGUCGUCUGGAAAUGGGAACAGUUGCAGAUAUAUUUGACCGCAAUAGGGAUGGUUAUAUUGAUUAUCAAGAAUUUAUUGCUGCAUUAAGGCCUGACUGGGAACGUAAAGGGCCUUUGACUGAUGCUGAGAGAAUAGAUGAUGAAGUUCAGAAACAAGUUGCCAAGUGUACUUGCCGUCAGAAAUUCCGUGUUCACCAAGUGGGAGAAGGAAAAUACAGAUUUGGAGACAGUCAAAAGCUUCGUCUGGUUCGCAUCCUACGCUCAACUGUUAUGGUUCGUGUAGGAGGUGGCUGGGUGGCUCUUGAUGAGUUCCUUGUCAAAAAUGACCCAUGCAGAGUAUGUCCAUCUAUACCUGAGUUAGAGCAGGUUGGAGAAUUGGAACUUCAUGAGCAUGGGUGUCCACUCAGAGGAAAGUCAUCUUCAGCAGGGUCCUGCCGUAGCUCCUCCAAGGGUCGCACCAACGUGGAGUUACGCGAGCAGUUCAUCCUAGCGGAGGGCGUGUCCCAGAGCAUGGCACCGUUCAAGUCCAAGCCUAGCCCCAACAGUUCUGUGUCGAGUCAGUCUGGCGCACCUGCCCAGCAGCGCUCGCAGUCCCUGCCCAAUUCCGGGCCUAUUAUUAAGGUUCGGGAAAGAACAGCCAAGAGUUCUGCUAUGGGCCGUGCUUCAUUCAGUGCAGGCACGCCUGAUUCCUCGUUUGCUGAAGAAGGUGGUUCUUCAUCAUUCCAUCUCAGUGGAAAACGGAAGGCUUCCGCUCCUGUUACAUCCCGUUCAUCUUUCAAUACCUCAGCUGACAGUCAGCCUGGUAGUAGAGGAGGUAGCCGUCCUCCAUCUUGUGGACCUGGUUCUAGACCUGGCUCUAGACCUGGUUCUCGCCCACCAAGUCGCGCAGGCUCGGAAGUGUCCUUAGACUCUUAUGAUGGAGGGAGGACGCCAAUGAAACGCACUCCAUCAUUCACAGGUCGCACACUCACAUCAUCUAGUCAGUCUUCUGGAGUCCAGCGGUCAUCUUCACUUAGAAAGGCCUCUGCCCCUGUCAAGUCCUCCACAGGCACUGUCAACGGUACAAGCACACGUGCCAUCUCUGUCUCAUCUAGGUCGAGCAGCAUGACCAGAGCUCCAUCAGCAUCUAGUAUUCCAGUGGCUGUGUCAUCAUCAUCCAGGUUAUAUUCACCGACUUUGUCCAGUCGAUUGAAAGAGGCAGGAAUUAGGACCAAAAUUCCGGUUCUUGUCCGUCCAGCCUCUGAGUGGGAACGGACUAACCUAUCUGGCUCAACUUCUAACCUGAAUGUUGCGGGAACACCCCUAAGGUCCCGGGCUUCAUCUACAACUAGUCUUAACUCCAAUCAUUCCACAAGUAAAAUCCCCACAUUGAGACAAAAAACGUCCGUCACACAAACCACCUCUUCCAAGACCUCCACCACAUCAAGGACUCGGAAUCCUUCAGGUUCAAGCAGCGCCAGUGGAACUACUAGGAUUGCUCGCAAAUCAUCUGCUGCCUCUGAUACCCCCACUGGAGCAUCAAGAAAAACAGGAAUUGUUGAACCAAGACGCAAGCUAUAGAAAGACAAAAAGUGGAUACAUGUAUUUUAAUGAAUGGUGCAUCCAGAAAAUAUAUACAGUUCAUUGUACAAGAGAAGAGGAGUUGUGUACUACCACAAGAACUUGUGAUAUGAUAGAAGUGUAUACUUGUGGUACAUGACAAGUAUAAACAUAUUUUGAAAAAAAAAAAACUUUAAAGAUGUUAUAGUAUUGAUUAGAUUUUUUCAGUCUUAAUUGGUAGAAAAUUUUUAUGAGAUUUCUUUAUUGAAAUCUACUUAAUGAAUUCCAUGAAUUAUUCACCUGUGAACUAAUAAUGCUAUCAUAUGUGAUAAAUAUGACAGGACAGGUCCUGUUGCCUGAUGUGUGGUUGGCUGAAUAGUAUCGAACCAUGCGAAGUUUCUAAUUUUGGUUAGUUAAGUAGAAUAUUUAAUAGGAAUUUACUUGUGGUUCAUAAUUUUCAGCCUGGUCACAAGUGAUAUAUAUUUCUAGGGUAGUGCAAGCCCGUUAUAAGGUUUCUCAGCCAUUCCACUCAACAUAUCUUGCUUGCUGUUUAAAUAGGUUGUUUAUAUAUAUAUAAAUUUUCCAAGACAUGUUGCUUGAGAAUACUGUAAGAAUAUGCGUCUAGUAAAUCUCAUACCCAAUGACCGUAUUCUUGUUACGUUAGUUACUUACGUACAGUUCCGUACAAUUUUUGAGCCAGCUAUGUGAUGGCCUAAGUACUAAGUUACAGUUUGCUGUACUGGUUCAUAUUUUAAGACUGUUCUCAUACUGACCAUUAACGCUUCAUAUCUAACUUGCAUAUGUGUGUAUCACGCAAGCCUAUAUGGGGUCAAGAGGUUGCCAAACUGCCAUGUUUUGCAAGGAGAUUUCUAAUUUGCAACUGGAGGUCAGCAGGAAUUUAAAUGGUGCUUCAUAGUCAUAUAGAAUUUUAUUGUAAGUGAAAAAAGGUAUUUGUAUUUAAAAUUUUAUAAAAUAAAAUUUUUUUUUCUUAUGUGUGCUACUAAUAGUGCAAAUGUGAUGAGAACAGUGGUUUUAAGAGAUAGUACAAUCACAAAAGGUUCCUCUUGUCUUAGGAAAGUGAUAAUAAUGUACUAUCUGGCUUGCUCUACAGCUGAUCUCAUUACAAGUGGUGAAGGUGAUAUCAUUCCUUAUGAUUCACAGACAGAUCUUGUCACUUUAUUGACAGGGAUGAUUAGAUGAAGUGGCUCUGGGAAAUUUAGGGACAACCAGCGUAGGUAGAGGAGAUUAUGGUUACAGGCUGGUUCUGGGGUAUUGAAAGCAGUGAACAUCUUGCUUUAUUUUUUUUGGUCUUGUACCCAUGAUUUCCUCUACGAGUUUUGGUUGUGAUGUCAGUCAAACUUUUCUUGUUUUUAACUAACAUUUUUAAUUAUACUUCUCACUGUUGUCCAUGUUUUGUUGAAACGUUUGUAUAAACCUUGCUUUUUCUGCUUUGUUAUAAGUUGUAAAUAAUAUAUAACUAGAUGCCCAUUGACUUUAACAUGGGGCACAAAAUGUUUUCAUUGUAACAAAAAAAUAAACCAGAUGUACUAAAGUUCUUUUGGUUGAAAACUUACAUGUACUUGACCAAUCAUCAUAGAGUAUUUUUUGUAUUUAUAUUGCUAAUAGUUAAACUAAUGCUUCAAUAAUAAAUAAGUAACAAUAGAA